AUGAAUGAAAAAGUGGAUGAUCCAGACGUCCUGGAGAUGAAGCAGCUGUCUAGGGAGAGUGAGGAGAUGGGGAAGGUCGAUUCCGAUGCGGAGAUUGCAGAUCAGCAGAGAAGGCUGAAGGAAACAGAGGGAGAUCCCAAAGGCGAGGAGGGGAGGGAAGCUGCAAGGAAAGGAACCUUCAAAGGAGAAGGCGAAGUGAGAAGCGAAAUGGCGGCGACGAAGAUAAAGCCCGUUAAGGAAGAAGUUAAGAGGGGGUAUGAGAAGUAUUUGGAGUGGAAGAGGAGGCAGGAUGAGAAAGAACGUGAUCGGGACCCAGAGGAGAUAACAGAUCCUUUAGCCUUCGAAGCUAAGAUGUUCAGAAAGAGGUGGGACAAAAUCUAUUUGGAGGUCUAUGGUGGCUUCGAUAAGAACACUAACAUCCCUUGCAAACGUUUUACACAUAAUCUUGCUGCACAGGGUGGCAUUGUGUGCAGUACUCUACAAGUAUUUUCAGUCAAAGUUGAAGAAAUAAUUGAAGGUUUAAAGUGGCCGCUUGAGGUGUUUGGUAUGGUUGCUCUACGGGACUCGAUUGAUCUCAGUCGUAAUAUUAUCUUCAAGCGCGAAAGGCAUAACUGUCAGAUACUCACAGAUCAGUUCCGAAGUGUGCCUAUUUCCACUUCUCUUUCUCUAAUAUUGCCAAUGUGCCUAUUUCCUACUUAUGCUCCCUGUGUACUUGUUCUUGUUGUUAGCAUCCAAUCAUAUGGAAACAGGAAGUAUGUUACUGUUGUCAGGCUGGCACGGCAGGUUGUUUCUAUCGAAGCUCAUGGAAAGCUGAUAGUUUUCGUUGCUGCUAGGAAUGGUUCUGAUGUCUAUAGGGAUGUAAAGGACUUCAAACCUCUGCAAAUGAGUACAAGCUCUAAGGAACUGCGAAUUGGUAGCUGUAUGUUGGAAGUCACUGUUUAUUGGUCCCGUUUCUAA